AUGACAACAAGGACAACAAGAGAGACAACUCCUGGCAAGGAGAAAAGAGGAAGCUCCCCUUCCUCCCACCCCAGCACACGAACCUCUGGCCAAAGCCCGAACCCAUACAAAAAGCCCGCUUCCCCAGCAUCUCAAAAAUCAGUCCCGAACUAUCUCAAGCCCACGCGGUCCUCAGAUCCUGAGGCCUUCAAGCAACAAGGAAAGAAGCCCGAGUCAGCCCGAAAGCCCGAUCUCCAAAGAAGGAGAUCCUUGGACAAGCCCCCAUCUGUAUAUCAGUCCCAAAGAUCACGUGUCUGUUCCUCCUACGAAAAAACACCCACAUUGUACGCUAGGCCCAUUACUAAAACAAGAAAGGUGAAGAAUCAAUUCUCCAAAGAGGAUAAGGGAAAAGCCGUUGUCCAUCCUAGGCAAGUCGAGAACAUUAAUGCACCGGUAGUCCUGAUGCAGUCUGGAGAUAUUUGUGAUGAAAAACGAGACGAGGAUUUAUGUAAGGAAAAUCGAAAGCCGGCGAGUGAGCCCGAGCAAAGUGAUCAUGAUGGAGAGAUUUCAUGUGAAGAGGAUAGUAUUGCUAAGAUAUCAGAUCAAGAGCCAACAAAUGACGACGAAGAUGGAGAAGAUAUAGAUGCCAAGGUCGUAAACGAGCAUCAAAAGGGAUUAGAGAUUGAGAAAACCCAAGGAGGGUGUGAAGAAGAUAAGGAUGAAAAUACAGUGAUUGUUGAGGACAUGCACAUAAUAAAUGAUUACGAGGAAACGGAAAAUAACGAUGUUGAAACUCCGAGUUUUGAGCUGUUGCCUGAUACAAAGCAAGAAGAUGAUGAUAUUACUAGAAACGUAAUUAAUGACGAAAAAAGUGUGGCGGGUAAUGUGAGCGAAGAUGUGGAGGAGAAGAAAGACUGGCCGACUAACGACAGUGAAGAAGGCCGAGAAACUUUCACAGAAAGAGAAGGAGAGGUUGUGGAGAAAAAGGCAGAGGGUGUGUGUGAGGCCCCGAAAGUGCAGGGGAAGAAGGAAAUAACGGUUUCAAAUGAUGUGAUAGAGGAGACCGCGAGUAAGCUUAGGGAGCAGAGGAAGAAUAAGGUGAAAGCGCUUGCUGGGGCUUUUGAGACAGUCAUAUCCUUGCAGGAUCCCAAGUAA